AUGUCGAUUUUCAGAUUUUUCAGACCUUUCUUUGGUUAUUGGUCGAGAAGAUUGUACUCUUACAAGUCACUAUGUGGAGCUAGUGACAUAGACGGAAAAAGCAUUGCAGACAAAGUGUUGCAAGAAAUAAAAGUUGAAGUAGAUGAAUGGGUCGACGCUGGAGGAAAAAAACCCAAGUUGAUUUCUAUUUUAGUUGGGGAAAAUCCUUCCAGCAAAAUUUACAUUGAAAGAAUGAUUAAGACUGGCAAGAGGGUUGGUAUCGACAUUGAAAUUUUGCAUUUCGAAGCAGAUAUAUCCCAAGUGGAUUUGUUGAAAAACAUCCAAAAACUGAACGAUGAUCCUGACGUGGACGGCAUACUAGUCCAAUUUCCUGUUUCCAAGCACAUCAGCGAAAGAGAAGUUUGUCGUGCUGUCGUACCUUCCAAGGACGUUGAUGGCUUUCAUCCAUACAACAUUGGGAGACUAGCUCUGAAUAGCAAGGGAAUGAUACCUGCAACUGCUCUGGGAGUGAAAGAGUUAAUCGUGAGGUCUCAAAUCCCAACUUUUUGUAAAAAUGCUGUGGUCAUUGGAAGAUCAAAGCAUAUUGGUUUACCGAUUGCCUUGCUAUUGCACUCAGAUGAAAAUAAUGAUUUUCCUGGGCUUGAUUUGACGACGACCAUUUGUCACAGAUACACUCAACCAGCUGAGCUCAAGAGAUACACCAAGAAUGCAGAUAUUGUUGUGUCAUCAGCAGGUGUUCCUGGAUUGGUGACCAAAGACAUGAUCAAGCCGGGAGCAUGUGUCAUCGACGUUGGCAUCACCAGGGUCAAAGUUGACCACGAAAAGUUUAAAUUUGUCGGUGACGUAGAUUACGAAUCGGUUAGAGAGGUUGCUGGCUACAUAACCCCGGUACCUGGAGGUGUUGGGCCAAUGACUGUGGCCAUGAUUAUGAAAAAUACAUUCAAUGCAGCGAAAAAGCUCCUUCGGCUGGAGGAGCGAGAGAGUGAGAUAAAAGGACGGGUAGCGGAGAUAAAUAAAAAUCGAGUCGAGGAAAAAGAGAACGAUAUGUAUACUAGGAACCGGACGACGCCUUCAACCUAUAACUCAAGAGGCAAGGACUUGUCAUUCGGUAAUCCUGUAUUGUAG